GCUUCGGUGUGCUUCGGUAUCAUCCGGCAAUUCGAAUUCCAGUGGCGAGAGCAGACAUAACCUAAAUGAAAGUUCUAUUAACCAUAUAAUAAUGCUCGUUUCAAAACUGUUAACGAAUGUAAAUAUCUCAUCGCUCGUCAGCGCUAAAUUACGAGUGCCGUUAUCAAUAGCUACUAGAAAGAUAACCAGAUUGACACCGCCAACUAGUGAUGAAGAAGUAAAUAAACCACCUGAACGAAAAUUGAAAGAAUGGCGCAAUGUACCUGAAGUAGCACCAGCAGAUAAACCUUGGUGGCAGAUGUUCGAUUCAAAUACAAAGAAGAAGAAAAAAUACGUUUUAAUAGGAACAAGAAUGAAAGUUGGACCGAUAGAUUUUGGAAGGUGGUGGAAACAGCAAAAAAUUAAUUAUAUCAAACACGAGCAACAAUUUGUCGAAGAGAGGCACAGAAUUCUUGGCUGUGAAUUGGCUGCUGCUCAUUUUCUCGUACAUCGUGGAGGGAAAGUAAAAUUUCUUGGUGCGGAGCAGUGGACUCAACGAAACAAGGACGGUCUAUACGAAUUGCCUGAGACUUAUGAUCCCAAAUACCAGAUAACCCAUUUGGAUGCCAGCGGGAUGCCUUUGUAUUACGAGGGCAUAGAAAACUUUCAAAAUCUGAUCAAAUGUACCUGGGCAAACUUCAGCAACAAUCCCAAUUUCGACGAUUGGUGUGUCGAUAGAUUAAUUCCCCAUUUGCCCAAUGUAAAGUACUUGGAUAUCUCAGAAUGUAAAAAUAUUAGCGAGCGAGCAUUACAAGCCAUUUACAAACUGGAUCAUCUUAAAGUUUUGGUGAUCACUGAUUUCAACAGAAAACCAUCGUUCGAACUCUCCUGUAGUAUGCUGGAAGAAUGUAUGCCCAAUUUGUUUGUGGAUAUAAGGGAACCUCAAGCUAACAUUAUAAAAGAUAACCCCAAAUAAAUACAAAGUCAUUAACCAAUUUAUUGUCAUUAAAUUAUUUGUUAUUAGAUAAACAACACCUAUUACAAUA